AUGCGCAUGCGCACCAGCGCCGAGCUGCGGCGGGAGGGCGGCGCGCGGCCAUUGCGGGCCGGUGAUUGGCUCAGGCGCGCCGGCUCCUCCCACCUGCAGCAGGUGCGGGGCGCUGAUUGGUGCGCCGGCGCCGGCCACGCCCCUCCCGGCGCCGCCCCCCCCGCAGUCGGGGCGCGGCCGCCGCCCCGCACGGACGGGCUCGCUCCGCGCUCCGCCAUGGCCGAUUCCGCCGCGCAGUCCUCGCUGGUCUCCAGCUCCUCUUCCACCUCCGUGACCUCGUCCUCGUCCUCCUCCUCCUCCUCCACGCGGGCCCUGGUCGGCGGUUCCAUGUCGUGCGCCGAUCCCCCCAAUUCUUCCUCUUCUUCCUCCUCCUCUUCCUCCUCCCAGCCCGUUUCUCUCUUUGCGGCUUCACCAGCGGCACCGGGAGGGCGCGACCGGGGGGCGCCCGCGGGGGGGGGCGGCGCGCAGAGCCCCCCCGAGUCUCCGGAGUCGCCGUUCGAGGUGGUCCCGGACCGCGCCGCCUUCGACCGCGAGUUCGGCCCCGCGCUCGCCCAGAUCCCCGAGGGCCGCGUGUGCCACUUCCCGCCCAAGCCCCGCGGCGGCCCCGGGGGUCCCGGUGGUCCCGGUGGUCCCGGGGGCGGCCCCGGGCGGGGGCUGGCCCGGCCGCCCCCCGGCUCGGCGGCGGCGCUGGAGGAGGUGUCGCGCUGCGUGCGGGAGAUGCACAGCUUCACCAGCGAGCUGCUCUCCUGGGACCUGGUGGAGCGCCACGGCGGCGACGGCGACACGGCCGGCGGGGACGGCGACACCGGAGGCGGGGACGGCGACUCCGGAGGCGGGGACAGCCACGGGGGCGGCGGGGACAGCGCUAGAGGCAUCAGUAACGGCGUGGGGAACGGCGUCACCGGUGUCACCGGCACUGGGAAUGGUGUCAUCGGUGUCACUGGUGCUGGAAAUGGUGUCACUGGCAUUGGGAAAGGUGUCACCGGUGUCACCGGCACUGGGAACGGUGUCACUGGUGUCACUGGCGCUGGAAAUGGUGUCACGUCCCUCCCCGCCGCCCCCCGGCGCUGGCAGCAGGAGCACCAGACCCUGCAGGAACUGGGGGAGCCCCUCCCCCGCCUGGCAGCGGUGCAGGACCUGCUGUUCUGGCGGGACGUGAGGAAGAGCGCGGUGGCCUUCGGCGCCAGCCUGGUGCUGCUGCUGUCGCUGGCCACGCUCAGCGCCGUCACCGUGGUGGCACACGUGGCGCUGGCCCUGCUCUCGGUCACCAUCAGCCUGCGCGUCUACAAGGCCGUGGUGCAGGCGCUGCAGAAAUCCGAGGAGGGGCACCCCUUCAGGUGAGCGGGCUUUGGGGGGUUUGGGGGGUUUGGGGUGACCAUGUGGUUGAUGACCUACGUGGGAGCCGUUUUCAACGGCAUCACCCUCCUCAUCCUCGCCGACAUCUUGGCCUUCACCCUCCCGCCCCUGUACGAGAAAUACGAGGUGCAGAUCAAUCACUACGUGGACCUCAUCCGCCGCCAGACCAAGGACCUCAUGGCCAAGAUCCAGGCGAAGCUCCCGGGUCUGGCCAAGAAGAAGCCGGAAUAAACCCCCGGGUGGGGGAGGGGGAGUUUGGGGGUGCCCCGCGGUGCCCCCCCCACUCCAAGCUUGUCUUUCCCCCCCCUCCCCAAACCCCACCCACA